GGAUCUGUGACGUAUUUACUAACGGGGACAUGCGAGUUUUCUCACCGACGCUUCAUCUGCUCGCGAGGGGCGACUAUUUGGGGGAGACAAGCUGCGCCUCGCUAGUGGGCCGUUCUCAGCGGCUUUCUCUCUCCGGUGUAACCCUAACCCUCCUCAACGAGCCUCCUCGCUGCUCUCCUCUGACAGUCUGUGUGAAUACAUAAAGUCGCUUGGAAGUUUUUGGACACAUCUUUUUUUAACAUAAAAAAAGUGAGAUUUUGCCAAAAAAAGAUGCUGGGUUGUUUUAAGAGCACAGUUUUGCUCUUUGGAUGCUUGGCUUAUCUUGUUGGGACUUCUGUUGUAAACGCAGACGGUCGCGUGUUCGUGCUGGACCUGAGGAACUCCUCCGGCCUGCAUGGUUUCAGAGCUGCCGAGGGGGCCUGUGCCUCUCGACAAGCCCGCUUGGCAUCGGCUCAGGAGCUCCAUCACGCAGUGGUGGAGUGCUUCUUCUCCCCGUGCACCCGCGGGUGGCUCUAUGGGGGCACAGUGGGGACCACGGUGUGUGAUGUUGUGGGCAGCGCACGGAAAGCAGUGGAUGUGAGAACAGAAAACGCCACAGAAGACGCUGCACACCUGGACGCCUUCUGUAUCAAAGACAAAGGUGUGCCGUGCGGUGACCCUCCGUCCUUCCCUAACGUCCAUCUACAGGGGCACAGCGGGUAUGAGAUGGGAGACGAGCUGAUGUACACCUGCGUGCCGGGUCAUGCGAUGCCCAGUGGACACAGUGCCUUCAGCCUGCUGUGCGACAGCUGUGGAGAGUGGUAUGGACUCGUGGAGAUAUGCGUCAAAGAUGAGACCGAAAGUCCUGUGGACUACGAGGAAAAGUAUUCCUACGGAGAGGCAGAGCGCCACAACGAGAAACCGGAGGAGGCUCAUGGUCAGGUGUUCAAGGAGGUGCACAGAGCCGGAUACCAGGAGCAGGAGGAGAGUCUGGAGCAGCAGGAAACGAGCUUCAGUGUAGAGAAGAAGCAUCAAGACCACCAUGGAGAGCGCGGUGUUGGCGGUGUUGGGAGAGACGUGAUUGGCCGACCACUUGAAGGAGCUGUAGAAGAAGCAGAAGAAGAGUACCGGGCUGUUGAGGACUUCGCAGGCCAUCCGCGGGGACAGCAGGAGACGAGGGAGGUGGUCGAGACCAGUGUCGCCACAGAAGCGCCUGUCUCUUCUCUCUCCCAAAAGCACCUCUUCUGGUUCCUCCCCGAGGCCUUCCAGGAGGAGGGACAUCCUGUCUCCGGCAAUCCAGUUACCGAGACCACACAGAGGGCCCCGGGCGCCCAAUCAGAGGAGAGUAAAGAGAGCGACAGCCGAGAAACGCGUCACCACCAACGUCCAGCUGACGACGACCACGAUGACGACCGAGGCGGCCGCGAUGAUCCGGACACGGAUGACCGAGACGACCACGACGACAGGGACCGCGAAGAACCGGACGGCCACGACGACAGCCGCCAAGAUGAUGUAGACGACCAUGACAGCCGCCGGCGCAAAGAUGACGAACGGGCGGAGCACCAGAUUCCAGCUCAGCACGAUGAUCUGGACACACGUGACAGCCACGAAGGUCAUUCCGAUCGUGACGAUCACGAUGAUCACGCCGACCACUAUGACAUGGGCGAACACGAAGGAGGCCGCGAUCGCGUUCGCAGCCAUGAGUACGCCGAUACUUACGACGAACAUGACAGCUACGAAGAACGUGACAACAUCACGCGCGGUGGCGAGGACCGAGAGCAUCCCGACGGCUCCGAGGAACACCCAGAGCCUGAUGCCCGUGAGGAGCAUUAUGACCCAGGCGAGGAUCACCACGACCGCGACACCGAUCACGAUGACCAUGAACACGAUGACCACGACAGCUACGAUGACCAUGAUAGCCAUGAAGAGGAUGAUGACAGCCGUCAGCGCGUCGUAUCCUCUAUGGCGGCGGACGGACAUCAGAACGGCACUCUGAAGAGAGCGAAAGGAGAGGACGACACCUGGCUGGACGGCCACCCUGUCGUUCCGGGGGGGAAAGAAAUGGGUGACUCCACGACAGAAAGGCUCCGACCAGACGAUUCAGAGAGGGGGACAAUUGUCAGGGCAACGGACAAACCCAAUGAGGUGGAAAUUCGUGGACCGGGCCAUUACACCAGCCCACCACAGGUGGCUGAGUCUCCCACCAUGAUGACUGCCUCAAACCGGGGAGGAGCAGAGGAGGCGUGGGAUGGAUUCACCAUCGACGCUGCCCCCUCGCAGGCCUGGGACUCUCCCUCGUCCUCCGACUCCCUGGACUACGACAGCCAACAGGCGGCCCCCACCCACUUCUGGCAGGGCGACCUCACCGAGCGCCCCUUCCUCGCUCGCGGCCCGGUUCCGCCGAUGCGCGACGGCGUGGUGACGGAGGAGGACCGUGUGCACAAUCUGCCCGGUGAGGUGGGCGAGAGGGGUGAGGUGGAGGGAGAGGUAGGGGAGGCGACCUGUACAGGAGACGACUGCCCUCCACAUCCCCCGAGCUCCUCCAGCCGAGGUCCUACCGUGGCGGCAAUAAUAGUGGCGUUAUGUGCCGUCGCCGUGGCGGUUGCCGUUGGGGUGUGGUGUUACCGACGGCAACAGCAGAAGAGCUCCAUGUACGAGAUGAAUGGGAAGGGCCAAAGUCAGGACAGACAGGGCCAACACAUAGAGAUGCAGCAAAAAGUGUAAGAGUGAGGAAUGAGGACAGUGGGACACUAACGUAGGGCAGAGACGUUUAGGGAGGGUGGGAAUAUUUGGAUGAGUUUUUGGGAGGAAAGCACAGCCCCUCAACUUGUUAGAAACUACUGCAUAAUUUGAGAUUUUGGAUGGGUGUGAAUGAAUGAGUUUGUUCAAGAGCACCUGUGUGAUGCAGAAACGUGUGUAAAACAGUGAAGACACUAGAUCCAUUUUACGGAAUUUUGGUCAUCUGCAUUAUACUUACCCAAAAUGAUGCUCUGACAUCUGGAUGGACAUGAGGACCGGGGUAUCUGGACUGGACUUAACUCCAGGGAACUGAGAAGGGAGACAUUAAGGAAAUAACCAUGUAGGAAAACCACAAGAAGGCUGCCUGCCCACCUGAAUAUAUGAAGUGAGACCUCAAAGCUCUUGGACAUUGUUACCUUUAUGUUUAUUGAAGGUUGAUCAAGCUGCAUUGAUCUCGAUUCCCCAUCUGUUUCUCUUUGUCCCGGAGUAUUGUGUUGAUAAGAACUGCAUUGUCGAACCAACAAUAACAAAAAAGGAUGACAAUGAUGAUGGUUAAGUUAAAUGAGUAAAUGAGUAGAUUUUGACAGGUGGCAUCAGUCAAUCAGAUUGAGCCACCGUUCAUGUCUGUGUGUGGGUAAAUGUGUGUUAGUGUCUGUGUGUGUGUGUGUGUGUGUCUCAGGUCCGUGCAAUCUGCCGGUCAGCAUAAUGUCUUGUUUACUGAUGGGAUUCAGACCAACCAGAGAUCAAACAGUGUGUGGCUGCCAUGGCAACAGAGAGACACUAAAAUAAAGUUUUAUUUUUUGCCCCUAAUGGGCAAUGAAAUCCAUAUCACCCUUUCAGGAUACUGUUAUUCAAGCGGUUUGUGUAUGAACCUGCAUAUGCUCACGCUCUCCUAGUGGGAGGAGCCUAGGACAGAGGAGCAGAGGGCAGGAGGAGGCCUGAAUUAUUCAGCCUGGCGAUUUCUUUGGCUUUUUCCAAAAAGUGCUUGCCGUGGGGUUUCAUAGGAAUGACAAAAGGCUGAAAGGUUAUAAUGGCAUUGUUGCCAAAAACAUAUUGUCUACUGCAUCUUUAAAGGAUUCAUACCAGUUUGACAUAUGUUGACGUUUUAGGGUCUUAAGUUCAAAUGUACUUUUGCUAAUAUUAAAUGGAACUGAAGCAAUCAAUAAAUUUGGGUUAAAAUUAGGGCUCAGGCCCUAAUGAUAUUGUUAGAUUUAGCGAAAUAUAAAUUGUAACCCUACAUGUUUUUAAUGAAUCAAUGGGUUAUUCUUUACUUUGUUCUUUUCUGUUUGUCCUGAUAAAAUAUAGUAUAAGGGGUUUAAGUGGAUUGUCUGAACUGGAAUGAGGAGAAUCUGAUAACACUUACAAAUUUAAAGUUUUUGGUAUAAUUGUACAUUGGAUUAAUUUUCCAGUCCUUGUUCAAAAAAAUGAUUUGACAGUGUACCACAGCUCUGCGUGAUUUGGUGAUAAUUGUUUGUGCUGUUUUUGUAUUGUGCCAAAUACAUAAGAACUAAGGUGAAAAUAGAAAACCUGGUACAAUUGUAAAUAAAUUCAAAUAGACAUAAGAGGAUUUAAAAUGAGAUAUUAGAGUGUGUUAUUCUGGGGAUUUAAAAGACUGUUAAAGUACUGCAAUAACUUAAAUAGAAAGUGCUUCACUUGUAAUUAAUGUAAAAAACGUUUGACGGCACUCUGAUAAAAUGAUCAUUUUAUUUUUCCUCUCAUCCAGUUUUCUCAGUUCUGAAAAUUAUAAUUGUUAUGGUGUUAUUUUGUAACAUAUUUAGAAAUGAAAUACGUAAAAUGUUGUUGAAUGUGGACGGGUUAAAGAUAUCUCACCUAUCUUUUGGAUUUUCGUAUGGUCGUGCCCGAAAACUGAAUCAGGCAAAAGGGAAUAAAGCACAUGUAUGCUUCUAUAAAUCUUUGACGGUAAUACUUCAUUGGCCAUGGUGACAUUCAAGCACAGCUGACAUGUAUUACCUCUUCAUGUCUCUCACAGCUCAACUCCAAUUUAGUCGAGACGCCCUUCACUUCACCAACUGAAGCUGUCCCUCAGCAGCCCGAAUGGUCGAUCAUGGAGGAGUGUCUGGUCGCACACACCAGGUUUGCCACAUGAUCCGUGAACACUGACCAUAAUCAGACACCACAUUUGGGUUUGAGAGCCCCUGAGUUAUGUGCAAAAUCUAAACAUAUAAGAGAGCAGAGCACUCUGCGUUGUUGGUCCUCAUUCACAUGUUGCUCCCUGUCUGUUUCUCCUUCAUCUCAAACAGCGUGAUGUGUGUGCGAUGUCAGAAAGAAAUGUGUACUGUAUUUGUGUCACAAUAAACUCCUUAACAUGUGGUAUUAAUUCUUGAGAUCUACUUUUACACGGUUUGUGGUCUCGAUCUCUGAUUGAAUGGUCCAUUGUUCCGCCCGUGGCUGUGUGUGAGAGUGAUCAACGUUUAUUAUUCGGGUGUGACUUUGACCCGUGAACGUAACUCCCGACAAUCGGCCUUUUAUGUUAACUGUUACCUAACCCACC